AUGGGAUACCCGACCUUUUCUUCAGCCCAGGCACAGGGCACGGCGUCAGAUUCGAGGCAUGGCACACAGGGUAGUGUAAGGCAAGUCAAGGAAGUCACGAUGCUCCUUACCAACAGACGGGAUACGAACAUUAUGCAAGCCCGUUUGUUUGUUUGUCAGAGGAGAGAGAAAGAGAGAGAGAGGUGGACGAUGCUUACCGCUCUUUUCAUUGGCAGCACGUGUCAGAUGAGUCGAUCGGAAGCCGAAUUCCCUCUUUCGCAAACAAACCUAACAUUGUUCCAUGUACCUAGGUAUUAUUUCUGGAUUUUGCCUGCUCCCACCCCCCGUUCUGUCACCAGUUAUCGCCGACAGCGAUGGAGGGGCCACCUGCUCAAGAUGCCAAAUACACUGUACGGAGACAGGCGGACGCACCGACUGACCAAAAGGCGAAAGCCGAAGAGAUACCCGCGACCCCGUUUAUUCCCACGUCUCUGGUUGCUGCGUGCACUAGUCGCCUCCUUUCUUUAUUACAUUCUUUUUAUACGUUGGUCCUUUUGGCCGCUACUUGGCACCGGAACAGGGAUUAGAGUCGAGUCCUUGGACUGCUUGGUGGAGUUGACCAGGGGGGCAACGGUUGGGAGUUGGGACGGAGCUGGGAGCUGGGAUUCGGGAAGGACCACUUAG